AUGGAGACUGACUCGAACCCCCCAUCCGAGGCCGAUCAUGACUCAGUAGAUUUGGCGUCCACCCCCCAGAAGGGCUUGGAUGAUAUGACAUCUCCGCCCAAGCUGCGUCAGAAGCUAGCUUGUGAUCAGUGCCGCGGUCGAAAGGUCGGCUGCGAUCGGCAAGAGCCUUGCUCAAGAUGUAUUCGGAUGCGUGUCCAUUGUCAAUACACUGCACAGCUACGUCCUCGUCCUAAACGACCCCGCAAGGUCCCUGCAAAUCCAUACGAGGCCCAAUUCGACGAACUCUCUCGAAAGCUAGAUAGAAUCUGCAAGCUCCUCGAGGACAAAUUGCAACCCAACUCAGCGGAAGGCUUUUCUGAGUCUCACGUGCCCCCCACUCACUCAACAGCCUCAUUGCCAGCAUCAGUGCCCAGCACAAUGAUGCAGAUGCAAUCUCCGAUGGCACCCACUGAGGCUUCGGAGCCGGAGUACGAGGGGCAUUCAGCGCUCUCUACUCACACGGCCUUUGCUAGCAACUUGCUCAAGAAUAUUGCAGGCCAAGAUGCAAUGUUAUGGCACAGUAACACACCGAGUGGCACGAGCUCCACCGAUGCUAUUUCUCAGGUCCCUGGCAUUGCGAACUUGCCAAUGCCCUCGGCUGAUAUGGCCUUCCGCAUAUUGCGGAUCCUGAAAGAGGACCCACGAAUGCAGCUACCUUGGAUGAUGGAGUUUGAAUCCAUUGACCAAUUCCAGGAAUAUAUAUUUAGAGUGUACUCCUCCAGCCAUCCUACCGCCGCGGAGCAAAUCAUUCUCCUCGCCGCAUGGGUUUCGACGAUGCCUGCUUGUGCUUUAGUCGUUGUUGAUGCUACACAAAAGGCUGAAAUCGAGGCCCAAGUCGUCACUUGUCGUGAUAGCCUCGACGUAGCUUUAUCGAGACUGCCUUUGCAAUUUCCCUCGACUUUUGAAAACAUUCUGGCCUUAACCAUGGCGGGCACACACUACGUCUACAGAUCACGAAUUAAACUCGCAUGGAUCAUGAACUGCGCUGCGGCACGAAUGGCCCAGGCAUUGGGGCUCCACAAGGCCUGUCUACAGGAUCCUGAGACCAACAUAGCCACUCGCAGAAAAGCGCGGCUAUUUGCCAUAAUCUUUUCAGCUGACAAGGCACUCUCUUUGCGUCUUGGGCGAGCAUCUGUGAUCCGCGACGAGGAAAUUCCAGUAAACCUUAGAAUGCUGCUGCGUGGAGUAAACACCGCCCCUUCCCCAAUUCCAUACCAGUGGCUCGCGUUCUCCCACACGCAAGGCUUAGUAUACGAUCAGCUCUAUAGCCCUAGGGCCAUGCAGCAAACUCCAGAAGUAAAGCAGUCCGUAGCCAAAGCUCUGCUGGAAUCCGUCGAAACAUUGAUGUCAGAGCGAAAUGAGGUCAAUGAAGACUUCGAGAGAAAGGCUCGUGUUGCAUUCGGGGAUGACUUGGCAGAUCUUUACAAAGGAGCAAAUCACGUCUCGCAGUUAGCACUCAUAUGCUUGAUCUACCAUGGCGUCGCACCUUGGGCACACAGGUCGCCUUUUUACGAAGAGGGUAUCCCAUUAGCUCGAGAAGCUUUGGUAGAGCACCAACAUUGGUUUAGCUUGCUUUCAGACUAUGGGAAUAUUCAUACUGAGAUUUACCUCCGCUGGGCCCUAUUCACCUCGCCUUUCAUCCCUUUCAUUAUUCUUUUACGCGAUGUCGUUCAGACUAGUGAACCAUCCGACCUCAAGCUCCUCGGCGCACUCAUUGAGUCGAUCGAGACUAUGCGUGAAUCCUUCCCAGACAUCUCCAAGCAGCUAGAUUUAUUCAAGCCACUCUACGAGAUUGCUAGCAAUUUCAUCGAGGCUAAAACUACUGAUAUUUCUGACAUCUCUACUAUCAACCAUGGCUCGCCCUAG